AUGGCCUCUCUUACGGAUUUCAUCAAUUUCUCCUCUAAGCCUUUACUAUGGUCUGCCGCAACAAUCGCCUUUAACCCAAUUUUCUGGAACAUUGUUGCCCGCACAGAAUACCGCAACCACUUCUUGACCCGUAUCUUCGGAGGCGCGUACAAUGGUUGCUACUUCCUCGCGUUCACGAUUUUCUCCCUCGGAAUCCUCCGUGACCAUGUCUACCAGCUCGCUCUGGCAGACCAGCCCUUCUACCCUCCCGUGCACCAACCCAUCAUCGGUGGUGUCUUGUUCACCGUCGGCUCGGUCCUGGUUCUCUCCAGCAUGUGGGCUCUUGGUGUGACUGGAACCUACCUUGGUGACUAUUUUGGUAUUCUCAUGGACGCACCUGUCACCGGUUUCCCCUUCAAUGUGACCGGCUCGCCCAUGUACUGGGGCAGCACUCUGAACUUCCUCGGUGUUGCUUUGUACCAUGGCAAAGUUGCCGGUAUUCUCUUGACUGCCCAAGUCUUUGUCAUGUACUGGUUCGCUCUUGGCUGGGAGGAUCCCUUCACUGCCGAAAUCUAUGCCAAGCGUGAGCGCGAGCGCGCCAAGAAGCAAGGUGGCAAGAGGCAAUAA